GCUGCACCGUGGAGAAAAACGUGCGUUCCCCCGGUGUGCUGGUGUGUCAGUGACAAACCGAGCAGCCCAGCGCCCGGAGACGGAGACAGAGAGAGAGAGACAGAGAGAGAGAGAGAGAGAGAGAGAGAGAGGGAGACUCCGAAAGGGAGCGUGCCGUUUUCUCAAACGCUGCAGAUAAAUAGAGGGAUCCGUAAAGAGAAGAGCACGCGUGCAUGAAAGCGUGGGUGCAGAUAUUUGGAGCUGGUGGAGGUUUUCGAGGAAUUAAAGGUGGACUGCUGCCGAUGGAGCCGCUGGCAAAAGCGAGGCUGGGGCUGUGACUUCUGACUGUCGGCACUGUCGCAUAUGUUUCCCGGGAUGGAAUAAUUUUCCUCGUUCAUCAAAGGAACAAGUGAUAAACUCAUAUUUUCGCUCUCAAUGGUGCUCGAGGGCAGGGAGAUGGACGGGAUCGGGAACACCAUGCAGAAGAAGGCUGCGGAGCUGGAGCGGCUGGCCGAGGUGCUCGUCACCGGCGAGCAGCUGAGGCUGCGGCUCCACGAGGGGAAGGUGAUCAAGGAUCGUCGGCACCACCUGCGAACGUACCCAAACUGCUUUGUGGCCAAGGAGCUCAUUGACUGGCUGAUCGAACACAAGGAGGCCUCAGAUCGAGACACGGCUAUCAAGAUCAUGCAGAAACUUUUAGACCAGAGCAUCAUUCACCAUGUGUGUGACGAGCACCGGGAGUUCAAAGACAUGAAGCUUUUUUACCGCUUCCGUAAGGACGACGGCACGUUCCCGUUGGACAGUGAAGCCAAGGUCUUCAUGCGGGGCCAGAGGAUAUAUGAGAAGCUGAUGAACACAGAGAACAAUCUCUUACAGACCAGGGAGGAGGAGGGUGGUACAUUUGAGCGGACGCUGGUGGCCUCCGAAUUCAUAGACUGGGUUCUACAGGAGGGGGAGAUGGCAACCAGGGAGGAGGCGGAGCGGCUGGGACGGAGGCUUCUUGAACAUGGCAUCAUCCAGCACGUCACCAACAAGCAUCACUUUGUUGAUGGGCCCCUCCUCUACCAGUUCAGGAUGAAUUUCCGGCGACGGCGGCGACUGAUCGAACUUCUUCACGAGCGCUGCCGCAGCAUCCCCGAGAGCCAUGACAGCCCCUUCUGUCUCCGCAAGCAGAACUCAGAUGGAGGCAACACAAGCUUCCUCUCAGUGAGUCCCACGAAAGAGAUAAAGGUGGCGAUCGGAAUUCGUCGGAGCAGCAUGAGCAGCAGCUGUGGCAGCAGCGGUUAUUACAGCAGCAGUCCUACGCUCAGCAGCAGUCCACCUGUCCUCUGCAACCCCAAAUCUGUUCUGAAGAGACAAGUGAGUCCAGAGGAGCUGCAGACACCGGGAGGACCUUUUAUAAAGAAGACAUUCACUAUUGUAGGCGAUGCUGUAGGCUGGGGCUUUGUGGUGCGAGGCAGCAAACCCUGUCACAUCCAGGCUGUGGACCCUGGUGGACCUGCAGCUGCUGCUGGCAUGAAGGUAUGUCAGUUCGUGGUGUCGGUGAAUGGACUGAACGUCCUCUCUCAUGACUACCGGACUGUCAGCAACCUGAUCCUCACUGGACCCAGGACAAUCGUCAUGGAAGUGAUGGAGGAGGUAUAAGUUUGAGAAGAGCUACGAGAGAAAGCCUCAUAGAACAGUAGAGUCAUAAUUAUGUGGGGACUAAAAGGUCUAAUAUUUGACCUCAAAACCACACCGACGGAAACACGUAGACACCUUGGGGCGGAACUCGCACUCUCACUGUUCCAACGUUGUUUGGACAAGGGGGAUAACUGACAGAUGGUGUGUGUUCAAGAAUGUGGGUUAUUGAGUCAAGUAAAUGAUUCAACCUUUGGACAAAACACGCAGGUUGUUCUGUUUUUUUCUUUGAAUUUAGAGGCACAUGCACUGCGGAACGAAAGUGCAAGAGCCACCGCUUCUACAGAUGGUGAUCCAUCACUGUGACUCUCAGUCUUAAUGAAGAGGUCCCAGACUUUAUGUGGAGUAGGAAAACCCCAAUCCCCUGAUUCUGUUUGAGUUUUGAACCCGAACUGUAUCAUGAAUCUGUUGUCAAAAGAUGUGAGACACAAUUUUUGUCAUUAAAACCCGGAGAUGAGCAGGUACAAGCUGAGACUGUAACAAUAAGGAAGAAUAUUUCAUGUUGACAAACUCAGUGACCUCUCCCCCACUUAAUUUCCAACAAUGGACUGAAGCUCCUAACUGCUCAGCACUACCCUCUGCUGGGAAGAACAGGCAAACACAGAGAGGGAGAGCAUUGAUACUACAACUACAUAAAUCACAAGUCUUUGUUUUCAGGGUGUUUAAUUAUUUUUUUCCUUGCAUGGGAACCACUAUGUUAAAUAGAAAAAAGAAACAUUUCCGCCCUUGUCCCAUGAAAACCCACUGACAAAUUAACAACUAAAGGGACGCCCAGGUAGAUUUAUGCAUAGCUGUUAGCAAUUUGUUAGUCUACAUAAUAAAAGUGCAGUGAUAAACUGCAUGUGACAUUAACAGGCACAAUGUAUAUAGAAAAGUUCCAGAAGAUGGAUGCGCAAACAGACAGAAGUCGCUCCUCUCUAGAAAAAUUGCGUUUACAGGAUGAGGCCUCAUUAACGUGCAAACUAAACCUGCUACAGCACUGAGAAGAUCUUGGAGACUGUAUGAAUAAUUGUUUUUAAAGGGAUUCAUUUCCAUUGAUCGCUUUAGUAUCUUUUGGUUGAAUUUUUUUUUUUGUAAGAUGAUGCCUGAUAUGCAGACCUUAAACUUCCAUAAUGACACAAGAAGUAGUUUAUUUGUAUGUUAUACUUACUGUUGAGAUGUUCUAAAAUACCUUUAGGAAAAAAUCUUGCUAAUAAUACAUUUAUUGACUUAAAAAAUGAAAGAAAUAUAACAUUUAACAUGUUUAGGUAUAUUAUAUGCCAGUGGCAAUGCCAAAUAAGUCCUUAACUGUAAUUGGAGCCAUGUAAUGCCAACCAGCUUUAAUGGAAAACUUUAAUUUAGAAGUAGCAAACAGUAGUAGAUUCUGUUGACCUUUUAAUGCAGAUUUUGUAUCUACAGUAUAUGUUCUUUGACGUGUGAGGAUAUUAAAGAGUAGAUUGACUAUAUGAGCACUCGAAACUUGACAAAAGCACUUAGAUGACGGAACUUUCUUUUUUGGAAUAAAAUUUAGAAUUUUAAUAUUUAUACGUGCAUAUACCUUGUGAAUAUACAAUCUGACAUCCCUAGUUUGAAACUAAUAAGAAAUAAUAAUCACCUUCUUGCCCCGUAAUCCUGUUCUCCUUCAUUAUCUAUAUUAGAUAAUGUGUUAGAUAAUCACAUGUACAGUAUGAUCAGUGGAUGCAGAAAAUUGUGCAGUAAAAUCUAAACAUCAUAGGAAUGAUGAUAAAGUUGAUACGGGUAGUGUUUAGGUCAUUGAAUAUGUCAGCGUACAGGUGAAAUUUGUAUGAAAUAUUACAUCUGUGUGUCUGAUUUGUUUUUUAGUGGCAGCAUAUAUCAACCGCACAUUUCGUAAGGGUCAGAUCCCUCAAAUCACCAAAAACCACAUUUGGUCACUCACUCCUAGCGAUAUCCAGCCAUGCAGAUAGAUGGAAAAAGCUUAAUUUGUGCUGAUCACAGAACUGAAAAAAGCAACAGCAGCUCUGGAGCUACUUUCGGCUGAGGAAAUAUCAAUACCCCCUCGGAAACCUGUUGACAGUGCGAACUGUGGGUUAUCAGAUUCUGGAAAGAUCUUCGUCUUCUUGUUUUGUUUUUUUUUUGUAAUUUAUAUGUAAUGUUUUCAGUUCUUUGAGAACGACAAACAAAAUUGAAUUCACCUCCAAUGUACUGGAGAGGCAGCAGAAACUCAAACACAUCUUUCAAAAAUUAACUUGAAACUAUCAGAUUGGCUAGAUACAACUACAGGUAAAUGAGAACUAUUUUUUAUUUUUUUAUUUUUGGAAUUUGGUUGUUAAUUGAAGAUUCACUGGAUUAAAGCAAGAUACAGGCUAAGAUAAAUGGAUUUGUACAUCAUUAGCUUCCAAAAUAACAUCUGAAUGAAUUGUAUUGUUUAUAGACUGUGCCAUUAUGUGCUUAGGCAUACUAGCAUGAAAACAUCAUAUUUGAAACUAUAUAAUAGUAAAAAGAAGAGCAUGGAUAAGUGAUGCUCAUAGCGCUCAUACAGUAUGUGUCUGUAGUCCUGAGUAAACACUUGUUUACCUGUUUUUUUUAGACAAAACGACACUGCCCAGUUCACUGGAUACUUACUUAGUUUAGUCCUGAGGUGAGAUUAUUACUUACAAAAAUUAAACACAAGUGCAGUAAACUGAGCUUUUUUCUAUUCAAGGUGAACAUAUAUUCAGGAAGUCUUUUUUGCCAGACAGGGGAAUUUAAUCUGUCACAUUAAACUGCCUCCAAACAUGUCCUAAGCAGCGAAAUUGCAUGAUUCCUGUAAAUCUGUGCGUAUGUAGCAUUAGCUCCUAAUCCAAAGCACUUCUUCAGUCUGAUGACUCAUAGGAAUGCAUUAUCUGACAAAUCAUUUCAGAAGGAAAGUCGACUUCGGCCUUCAGGGGUCUUUGUUUCCACAUGCUUUCUGCAUCGCUGUCCCAUUUCCAGUAGAAAGAUAAAAGAACACAACUUCCACAACUCUAUAAAUAACAAGUUAGAAUAAAACCGUUGUGGAACAUCUUAGAGACAUUGGGGAUUUCCUCUGCUAAACAUUCAUGAGGUUUUGUCUUACUUGCUGAUAUCAAAACAGUCCACACAUGUUGUUGGGUUAUGCCAUAUAAUACAAUGUUUUCAUUACUCUUCUUGUAACGUUGACGGAUAUGUUGUCAGUCAGGUUCUCUGCAUUUGAGGAAGAAUUAUGUAUAAGGGACCCUAGAUACAGAGAUUUCAAUAUUCUUUGAUACUGUUUUCAGCAGGUAACAUGGCAAAAAUCUCUUCUUACCCCAAACUGCAGACAUAAUUGAUUCUUGAGUGGUUUUAAAGGGUUUUCAUUAGUAGAGAUGUCAUUAGACUAACAGUUAAUAUCUACACUCAGCAUGGGUUCAAUAUUUCUCAGUUUUUCUUUAAUUACAAACUCAACUACCUGCAGUUUUUAGCUCAGUAUUUCUUCUGUGGACUGUGUCUGGAAAAUGAUCUGGUUAAAGCUGUUGUGAUUCUGAUAAAGGCGAUAGCUCUCAGGAGGGUUUUCCCCUUCACGCUGUCUAGAAGUGUGUCACAUGUAUUAAUGUGAAGUCUUCUAGGAGUUCUGUGUGGUCACGGUUGGCUGAAACGGGUUCACUGACUGUUAAACAAUAAGCCUGAAAGUAUUUGCCUUAAGACCUUAUUUUGCUGCUAAUCACAGUUGGUGGCAAUUUAGUCUCUUGUUCUGUUCCCAUCUCUGACUUUGUGUAUUAAAUGUGCUCAUUGUGUCAGGUGAUCAUGCUUCAGUUCUAUUGACAAUCAGAAUUUUAUAGACACCACCUUUAAAUAGCACAGUGGUUUCAAACGCAAUUGUGUGACCGAAUGUAUUUCACCAUCAUAGUCUACACUGAGCUGUCGUCAGUUUUAUAUUUCAACUUAAAUGACUCAUACAAUUGAAAGGAUUUUUUGCUUUGUCUUCACCCCAUGAGGCAGCAGUGAGGGCCCACACAUUGUCACCAGGUACAGCUGUGUGUUUAUUCCUUUUUUUCUCCACUGUCAGAGAUUGAUUGUUGGGUUUGAGGACGAUAUAAGCUCAUAGUACCACAGUCUGUUUUUGACCAAGCAGAUAAAAAUCAUUCUGAUGUUCUAAUAUAUUAAACAUUUAAUCAAGUGUUUAAUAAACAAACCAAUCUGAUUCUACUCUGUUUGUGGUUUCAUCUUCCAGUCUGUUCGAAGUCUUUGCACGUAAUAACUGACAUAAGUUAAGCUCACGUUUAGUGACAAUGUACACUGUGCAGUGUUGAUUGUGCAUGUUUAAGAAUCACACGAAUGCAGAUGUUUAGAAAUACAGUAUAAAAUACAGUAUACUUCAUCCCUCGUUUGGCCUAUAAAAAUUCUUCAGUAAGACCUAUGUAAGAAGGACAAAUUGCUGUUUGGUUAAACUGUUCAAAACUGGUGUGGUUAUGGUCUUAAUGUGGACACCGACUUAUUUUAAGGGGUUUCGAGCCAAAAGGGUGGGGAAACCUAAGGUCCUAAGGCAUGAUGAUGGAAAUAUCUAGUAUAUAGGGAAUCUGAGGUGACAGAAAAUGUCUGAAAUAUCAAACUAACUGCUGCAUGAUGUCGCUGAGCACAAGGUUGACACAUAGCCUCAUCUGUGAACACACUGCAUGGUCUUCCUUCCCCUGUAGACAGGCCGGAAGUACGUGACACCUCUUUUCCGCUUUUCUUAGAUGCACCACCGCAGAGCUACCAGCAGGGGGUAGUGUUAUACUACUCCACACAGUCUGUAUAAUGUUUUUAUUCUGAUUUUGUUCCAUAUCCCAUUUUAUCCCAUAUCUCAUUUUUUCGGACAAUUUGAUGGAUUUCAGGUAGUGAAGGUAUAGAUUAUGUAGAAGAAAUCGCCCAGCUGUGUUUUGUCAAGAAUCUUUGUGUGAAUACAGUCAACAGGAAUUAUAAAAUAGCUACAAGGCUGACAUUAGGCUUUUAUCGUUCAUUUCUGGUCAUCCCCAUUAAGUCUUUUUUAACCCGCUCUCAUCUACUUAUUUCUUAAGUGGUUUUGGGUUGUUGAUGACAUUUUUAA